AUGCCGAAAUCGCACCAGACCCGACCCAGGAACCCCGGGGACCAACCAGAAUUGCAUACCUACCUAGGUACAUUAGUAAAUUGGGUUGUGGAAACGAUGGGGGGGUUAUGGAAAAGGCAAACUCGUCCGCAAAUCCAGGCUCGUCGUAUCGUUAUACGACUUAGGUACGAUGCACUUGGGUACCUACCUCUUCUAAAACGGCAGGUCGAGCCAGUGGAGCUACUGGACCGGUCCAAAGAAGGCAGGAGGCUUCGCAAUGGGUACCUACCUUACCUAGGUCAAGGUGACGUUGAUCCACGAAGGAACAGGCAGGCACUCGUAAAUUAA